GCUGCCCUCUGUCCUGGGGUCCACCAACUCUAAACCCACCCCACCCACUGUCCUGAGGGUUCCCCCAAUGUUAGACCACUGCCCUAGAAUCCCACCCCCCAAACAUUGCCCUCCGUCCUGCCCCCCCCCACCAGCCGCACACCCUUCACCCACCCCGCUUACUGUCCUGAGGGUCCCCCCAGCUUACUGCCCCAGAGAUUCCCCCCACCCCACCCCCAUUUCCCUAAGAGUCCCCUUCCCCAUCCUGCCUGGGAGCAGAUGACCCAGCAGAUUCUUUGCUCCAGGAUCCUGAGACUCAGGACAACUGACUCCUGGCCCCUUCCCAGCUCAGUUCCUUCCUCCUCUGGCAUCCCCUCCCUCCUCCAGAGGCCCCCGACCCGGGUCUUCAGCCCCCAUCUCCCGUGCCCUCUCCGGUCCCUCCCCUCCAGACCCCCCAGGCUGAGAUGCUGAGGUGAGGAACAGAGGCCCUGGACGGGAGCCGGGCUCAACGGUCAAUAGAAGAUCCAACACAGCAAAUCCAUUCUGGUCAGCUUAAUCCCAGAGCCGGGUUAAGCCUUUAGUCUCCCCUCCCCAUCAAAGCUCCCGCCCCAGGCCUCCCUGUGAUGUCAUAAGCAGAAAGCUUCCUCCCUUCUGCCUGUGAUGUCACGGGGGCCGGGAACUCUCUCCCCACCCUCCGCCUCCUGCCCCCUGAGCUCCUCUCUCGUGCUGUCCUUUUCCCAUCUCUGUCUACGCUGCCUGGCUGCCUCUCUCCCGGAGGUCAUUUGGGGAGGAGGGGAUGAGUAGCCUCCCGGGCUGGCUUUAUAAAGCUUCCAGGGCCACCCCUCCCUGGCAGUGAAGGGAUUAAAAGUUCGGGGCCUGUCCUGUCUCUCCCCGCUCCUGCCCAGCCCAUACCCCCCCCUUCCCCCUGCCCUGACCCUGCCAGCCCCACCCCACCGCACAUCCCUCUAUAAAGCCGAUGGGGGGCCCUGCCAAGGGGCCAGGCUGGGGGCAGCAGGGACCCAGGAGCUGCCUGCCUGCUGCCCUCCUGCCUGCCCACCCCCCUCACACCCGCCUGUCUGCCCACCCGCUGCCCGACCAUCCGCCGCCCGCCCCCCGCCAUGUGGGAGCUGCGUUCGGUGUCCUUCUGGAGGGCCGUCUCGGCAGAGUUCCUGGGCAGCCUGGUCUACAUCUUCCUCGGGCUGGGGGCAUCGCUGCACUGGGCUCCGGGGCCGCUGAACGUCCUGCAGGUCUCGCUGGCCUUCGGGCUGGCGCUGGCCACGCUGGUGCAGGCCCUGGGCCACGUCAGCGGCGCCCACGCCAACCCGGCCGUCACCUUCGCCUUCCUCCUGGGCGCCCAGGUGUCCCUGCUCCGGGCCGUCUGCUACGUGGCCGCCCAGCUGCUGGGGGCCGUGGCCGGCGCCGCCUUGCUCUACGGGGUCACACCUCCCGCCGUCCGCGGGAACCUGGCCCUCAACACGCUGCACCCCGGGGUGAGCACGGGCCAGGCCACCGUGGUGGAGAUCAUCGUGACGCUGCAGUUCGUGCUCUGCGUCUUCGCCAGCUACGACGAGCGGCGAGAUGGGCGCCUGGGCUCCGUGGCCCUGGCCGUCGGCUUCUCCCUCACCCUGGGGCAUCUCUUUGGGAUGUACUGCACUGGUGCCGGCAUGAAUCCCGCCCGUUCCUUCGCCCCUGCCAUCCUCACCAGGAACUUCACCAACCACUGGGUCUACUGGGUGGGGCCCAUCAUCGGUGGGGCCUUGGCCGUCUUCCUGUACGACUUCCUCCUCUUUCCCCGGCCCAAGGGGGUGUCCGAGAGGCUGUCCAUCCUCAGGGGCGACCGGCCAAGUGCCCCGGAGGGGCCAGGAGAGGCCUUGUCCGGGGACCCCGUGGAACUCAAGACGCAGGCCUUGUAAGGGCCCCUGCCAGACUGAGGGGCUGAGGGAUGGGGGUUGUGAGAACGGGCAACGGGGAGGGAGCAGCCCGGGCGGGGACCUCUUUAUUUUUUUAUUUCUUUAUGUAUUUCCUUCCUUGCCGUGCGGGAUCUCUGAAACCGCGGUCUUAGCAGAGCUACCAAGCCCACCCCCGUUUUGAACCCUCCCUCAUCCAGCCGAGUGCAUGCGUGCAUGCAUGCUUGCGGUGCAUGCUUGUAGACGUGUGUGGCCUUGUCGGGCCGGGUGGCUGCAGCGGCAGGUGAGGCUGGGAGUCAUCCUUCCGAAGCACUGGUCUGGUGCGACUGACUCAGUGGGCCCUGGGAAGAGGCAUGGGGGGGCCAAACCCUGUAAAGUACCAUAAAACUCUCUCCCCA